GUUCUUCCUAUCCUCUUCGUGGAAGCUCAAGCUUGAAGGAUUCUGAUCUGUUGUUUUUGUUGUUCAAUCUUCUUCUCUUCCUCUUCCAAUUAAACUUAAGCAGUUCCUUCUGAGAAUUCGAAAGCAGGGCACGAGGAUGACGAAGCAGAGUCUGGUGAGGAAGGAGGAGCUACCAGUCGCAGUGGUCUCUCCGGCAGCCAUCGCCGAAGCGUUUCCUCACUUAUCCUACCCUCCUCCACGUUCCCCCGGCUAUCUCCGGUGCAAGAGGCCGGAGAGACGCCUAGACCUUGCCGCAGCCGGAAGAGGCAAUUCAUGGAUCGAAUCCAUCAAGAUACAGUCUCCAACCCACGUCAAGUCGUCGUCGACGAGCAGCGCAUCAGCUAUGUCGGCCGCCCGAGACGCCGAAUACGACAGCUGGGUGAGGAUGCAUCCCUCGGCGUUGAGCAACUUCGAGGAGGUGAUGACGACGGCCAAGGGGAAGCAGGUCGUGAUGUUCUUGGACUACGAUGGCACUCUGUCGCCCAUCGUUGAGGAUCCCGACCGCGCCUUCAUGUCCGACGAGAUGAGGGAGGCAGUGAAAGAAGUGGCAAGUCAUUUUCCCACAGCCAUCGUGAGUGGGAGGUGCACAGAAAAGGUCUCCAGCUUCGUGAAGCUACCAGAACUGUACUACGCUGGAAGCCACGGCAUGGACAUAAAAGGACCGGAGGAGGGGACUCAGCAUUCCAAAGUCAAUACACACUGUGUUCUAUGUCAACCCGCCAAGGAGUUUCUUCCGAUGAUAGAUGAGGUCUGCAAGUCUUUGGAAGACAUAGUAAAGAGCAUCCCUGGCUCCAGAGUCGAGAACAAUAAAUUUUGUCUCUCUGUUCACUUUCGAUGCGUCGAGGAAAAGAAAUGGAAUUUACUUGCUGAUUUGGUGAAAUUAGUGAUCAUGGAUUACCCCAAACUGAAGCUCACCUAUGGAAGAAAGGUUUUGGAGAUUCGGCCGAGUAUUAAGUGGGACAAAGGGAAGGCUCUUGAGUUCUUGUUGGAAUCUCUUGGAUUUGAUGGCUACAAUAAUGUGUUUCCAUUGUACAUAGGAGAUGAUUGCACUGAUGAAGAUGCUUUCGAGGUUUUGCGCGAUAGAGAGCAGGGCUUUGGCAUUAUUGUCUCCAAGAUCGCAAAAGAAACAAAAGCCUCCUUUUCACUCAGAGAGCCAGCUGAGGUUCUCAAGUUCUUGCAUUGCCUAGUGGAGUGGAAACAAUUGUCCGAGGAAGGAUCUCCGAGAAGUGCAGUUUAAUACAGAGAAUAGAAGAUCUCAUGGAUGUUUUUUUUCUUGUCUGUUCCAUGAUUAAAAUAUUUUCACUUUUCUUUUUGUUAAAUCCCCUCUAAUAAUAAUGAUCUGUCCGACACUGCUGCGGCAGGAGGUUUGAAACCCUUAUUUAUUGGGUUUCUCGACA